GGUUGUUGUUAUUGUUUUGAAAAAUGCAGCAGCUGCGAACCGCCGUGAUUCACGGCCUGGCAAGAAGGAUUUCUCAUCCACAAAGGAAUGCUCAUAGUACCAGUGCCGAGAUCUAUGAUGUGGUGGUCAUCGGAGGUGGGCAUGCUGGCACAGAAGCCUCGGCUGCAGCCGCUCGUAUGGGAUCUCGCACUUUGCUGCUCACCCACAAACUGGAAACCAUUGGCGAGAUGUCCUGCAAUCCCUCGUUUGGCGGCAUUGGCAAGGGUCACCUGAUGCGCGAGGUAGAUGCCCUCGAUGGGGUAUGUGCCCGCUGCUGUGAUGUAUCUGGAGUCCACUAUAAGGUGCUCAACAGGAGACGCGGACCGGCCGUUUGGGGACCAAGGGCACAGAUCGAUCGGCAAUUGUACAAGAAGGCUGUGCAGCGGGAACUGCACAGCACCCCCAACCUAGAGAUUCGCGCAGCUGCCGUGGACAACCUAUUGAUCGAGGAUGAAGAGGAUACCCAAACUCGACGCUGUGCCGGAGUUCUGUUGGCCAACGGUGAGGUAGUGCGUAGUCGAUCUGUGGUGCUCACCACAGGAACUUUCCUGCGGGCGCACAUAAACAUCGGACUGGAGGUCCGUCCAGCAGGACGAAUUGGAGAUGCUCCAGCGAAAGCCCUUGGAGAGGCCAUCGAUAGGUUGGGUUUUCGAAUGGGUAGACUCAAAACUGGAACUCCUCCCAGGAUAGCAACGGAUAGCGUUGAUUUCUCACAGCUGCAAAGACACGAUGGUGAUAAUCCACCCAUGCCUUUUUCUUUCCUCAACAAAGAGGUUUGGUUACCGGCCAAGGAUCAACUACCCUGCUACCUAACCUACACCACACCAAAGGUCAGCGACAUUGUACGCAACAAUCUUCACGUGAAUCGCCAUGUCACCGAAGAGAUAACUGGGCCACGGUACUGCCCCUCAAUUGAGUCAAAAAUCCUACGUUUCGGUGCAAAGGUUCAUCAGGUCUGGUUAGAGCCAGAGGGUCUGGACAGUCCUUUGGUUUAUCCUCAGGGAAUCUCCUGCACGCUGCCCCACGACCAGCAAGUAGAGCUGGUCCACGCUAUCCAGGGACUGGAGAAAGCGAAAGUUGUCCAACCCGGUUACGGAGUGGAGUACGAUUUCAUAGAUCCCCGCGAGUUGUAUCCAACGCUAGAAACGAAACGAGUGCCAGGACUUUUCUUUGCUGGGCAGAUUAAUGGAACCACGGGCUACGAGGAGGCCGCAGCCCAGGGAAUCAUAGCUGGAGCUAAUGCGGCAGGAAAAACGCUUCAUAACGGCGGGAAGCAACUAACAAUUAGUCGAACUGAAGGCUAUAUAGGUGUACUGAUCGAUGAUCUCACAUCUUUGGGCACCAACGAACCAUACCGCAUGUUCACUAGCAGGGCAGAGUUCCGGCUGUCACUUCGCCCGGACAAUGCUGACAUGCGGCUUACCAAAAAAGGCUACGACUUUGGUCUAGUGUCCCCACAGCGUUACCAGCAUUUUCAGCAAACAGAAGAGAGCUUACAGACGGCAAUUGCGUCCUUGAGGAGAUUACGGAAGCACACCCACUAUUGGCGACAGGCUCUUGAUCUGCCCAAGGCUAAAGCUUCGGUGGAGAAAACUGCCUUCGAUAUGCUGGGCAUUCCCGCGGAUAACAUCACAGUGGAUCAUCUAAUCCAGCUCCAUCCCAGCGAACUGAGUUGGCUGAGCGGCGAGCGAAACUUGGCUGAAAGGCUAAAGAUCGAGGCUCUGUACUCAUUCUUUGUAGAUGAACAACAGCGGGAUGUAGAUGAUGUGCGUCGUGAGGAGCGUCUGUCCAUUCCCGCUGACAUUGAUUAUUUCUCCAAGUCACUGAGCUUGUCCAAUGAGGAACGACAGAAGCUGACACUUAUUCAGCCACAGACGAUUGCGGCCGCAAGUAGAAUUCAAGGAGUAACUCCUUCGACAAUCGUGAGGAUACUAAAGUACGUUAAGAAAGCCGAGGUAGCGAAGGCUUAGUUAAGAUAAAAUAUAAUUUGUAAUUAUAGAAUCUAAUUAAAUAUUUAUGUUUUAUUAAA